GUUGUCAUUGCAGGUGGGUAUAUUAUGGGCUUCAGCCAUCUGCACCCCAUAUGUCUGCGUCGAGGAAACCCGUCACAGCAAUCAUUUGCCAGCAGUAACAUCUCGCCUUUACAACACCAGGACUAGCCGAAUCUCAGCAUGCCCUCAGUACUCCUUUUCGGGGCCACCGGCCUCAUUGGAUCUCGCUUAGCCAUUGACCUCAAAAAGACACAUCCCGCGUGGCCGCUGACGGUAUUUUUGCGCAACGCGAAUGUCGACGAAUGGUUCAGAGUCACCGCCAAGGCAGAUCGAAUAGUCCAUGGGACAAUCUCCGACGCCGAACUGGUGCAAUCUUUGAGCAAGGAACAUGAUAUAGUCGUCAAUGCGAUUACUUCUUUCGAUGGCGACUUUGUCAGGACGAUUAUCGCAGGCAUGGAAGAAAGACCCGAGCACUCCAAGGGCACCCUGAUCCAUAUAUCUGGAACGGGCAAUUUCAUUGACCAUGGCAAGAGCGGCAAUUUCAAUCCCGACAGCAAAGUGACGACAACGAAGACGACAUCCGACAAAUUGUUCCGAGCAUGUUCAAUGGACCAACAGACGUACCGGGUGCUCGAAGCAGGAGAACGGGGAAAGAUCAUUACCUAUAUUGUGUGUUUCGCAAUGACUUACGGCCCUAACAUCGGGCCUGUGCCAAACCUAGGAGUUGCGUACAACAUCUUGACUUCGAAUGCAAAGCAGCUAGGCGUCGCCCCAUAUGUUGGCGACGGUUCGGCAGUGGCUAGUGCGAUCCAUGUCGGCGACGGUGUCCGGUUCCUCACCAAGAUCGUGGGCAUCGCCGGAACGGAGAAGCCUACGGGCAGCGCCUACUCUAGGUAUUACAUCAUUCACGGUGAGAGGGUCGCUUGGAAGGACUUGAGCUCUGCACUGGCGAAAGUCUUGCAUGCCAAGGCCGUCGUGGCUUCGCCAGAACCCAAAAGCGUGCCGUCGGCAGAUGCUGGCGCAGGAGAGAUCGGGUCGCUGAUAGCUGCGAACAUGCUGGUGAAGGGAGACCGUGCUGCCAGGCUGGGUUUCAAAGCCACGCAUCCAUCGAUCCUGGUGCAAAUGCAGGAGGAUCUCGGGGCUCAUAACUUCUAGAGCGCAGCACGCUAGUCAAA